AUGAGCUCGGCAACAUAUACCGCACAAAUACAGAACUCGCUCAUGCCUGCGAUCGUCCGCGUGCGCGAGGACAUUGCAGAAGUGGACCGAGAUAUCCGUGACUAUGAACAAGUAGCCCGCAGACUGGAAAAGAUGGUCGAUAAGCCACAUGCCGGGCCGGCGCAACUCGGUGCCGGCGUGUGGGUCGAUACCGUUGUACCAUCCAACACGGCCGUCACACUCGACUUGGGACUCGACGUGCACAUCGACCUCCCGCCUCCUGCCGCGGCCGAAUAUGCCUCCCGUCGGGCAGUGGUGUUGAAGAAGAAGCGUGAGGCGCUCGUGCGUCGCGAGGAGCGGCUGAUGUGGCAAGUCGACCAGUUCGAGGGGGCAGUUCGCGAAGCGCAGGAGCGUGAGGCAAAGUCGACUUAG